GAACUCAGAAGCUUGAGAGUGUUGUGCUUAGUAAAAUGAACUUUGAAUCUUUUGUGAGAGAUCUGCUUCUGGUUCGUCAUUACAGAGUUGAAGUUUACAAGAACAAAGCAGGGAGUAAAUCUAUCAAAGAAAAUGACUGGUAUUUAGCAUACAAGGGUUCUCCAGGAAAUCUUGCCCAAUUUGAGGAAGUUCUCUUUGCCAACAAUGAUAUGUCAACAGCCAUUGGGGUUGUGGGGGUUAAGCUGUCUACUGCUGAUGGACAAAGAGUAGUAGGAGUGGGCUAUGUCGACACUACACUGAGAAAAUUGAGUGUCUGUGAAUUUCCGGAUAAUGAUCAGUUCUCAAACCUUGAAGCUCUACUGGUUCAACUAGGACCGAAGGAGUGUGUGCUACCAGGAGGAGAGACUGCAGGAGAGAUGGGAAAACUACGACAAGUCGUUCAGAGGGGAGGAAUCCUGAUUACAGACAGGAAGAAGGCAGAUUUCACAACAAAAGAUAUUGUUCAGGAUCUCAAUCGGUUGUUAAAAUCAAAAAAAGAAGAACAAAUGAAUAGCGCAGCACUGCCAGAGAUGGAAAAGCAGGUUGCUGUUUCAUCUUUGUCGGCCAUUAUCAAGUUUUUAGAGUUGCUGUCAGAUGAGUCUAAUUUUGGACAAUUUGAACUGACUACUUUUGAUCUUAGUCAAUAUAUGGUUCUAGAUAAUGCAGCUGUGCAAGCCCUCAACCUUUUUCAGAGUUCUGUGGAAAAUGCUAAUACUGCACAGUCUCUGGCUGGUUUGCUAAAUAAAUGCAGGACCCCUCAAGGACAAAGACUAGUUAAUCAGUGGAUCAAACAACCACUUAUGGACAGGAACAGAAUUGAAGAAAGGUAA